UUGUUUGUUGCCCUCAGACUCAUGAGGAGGGUGGAUCGCAUGGAGCACUCCAUUGGCAGCAUCGUCUCCAAGAUUGAUGCAGUGAUUGUGAAGCUGGAAGCGAUGGAGAGAGCCAAACUGAAAAGGAGGGAUGUAUUGGGAAGGCUGUUGGAUGGAGUGACAGAGGAUGAGAGGCUGGGCCGUGACAAUGAGAUCCACAGGGAGCAGAUGGAGCGGCUGGUACGGGAGGAAUUGGAGAGGUGGGAGUCAGAUGACACCGCAUCUCAGAUGAGUCAUCGUCUGGGAACACCACUGGGACUGAAUGGGCAGCCUCGGUCGAGGAGCUCCCGGCCAUCCUCCUCGCAGUCAGAUGGCAUUGAUGGGGGAGGAGGAAAUGGGGCUAACAACCUCCAUGUGUAGCAUAUGCUUUGCUGUUCAGUCAGCAUCAAGCCAACUACACCACUGCUUCCCUGAAUGAGGUCGUCAUUCUGAUCUGACCACUAAAGGCAAGCUCAGCGGUAGGUGACAUAAAUACUCAUAAGUCAUUUUGAGAAUUUCACAAGCACAUGCCAGGUCCAAGUCACCAACACUGAGCUUGUUGGCCUUAAAAAUGAAAAUGCAGAGGUAGAAUGGAAACCAGAUGUGACAAAAUCUACCUGAACACAAUUCUGUUUCCAUACACCUAUUCCAGUUUCCAUACACGAAUGGUUUGAUGAGGGCAGCGAGCUUUAGACAAAAAGCGCUGUGACUAAAGCAUUACAGUGAUAGGCUGUGGGUUUUCUGCUUUCUACUAGAAAAACACAAUGUUUAAAAGUUUUGAAAAGCACUUUUGAGAAAGAAAAUGGCAUCAGUUAUAGUCCUAUUCAUUUUAACAGCUGACAGUUUUCAAGAGCGAAAGCAAUGUCUCUUUUUUUUUUUUUAAGCAAGUGUGUAUAUUUCAUUUUUUCUGGAGUUAUUGCUGGCUUAAAAUGUCUUUUUUCCUUUUUUUUUUUUUUUAAUUACUAUGUUUCAUUAAGCAGAGGAAGUGUUCUUAGCUUGUAACUUGUUAAUCAGGUUACUCUAUAGUAGAAACUAUACGCAUCGUGCCUCUUUCUGUUUCAUCAGCAUUUAAAAGUCAUAUUUAAGAACUGCCUCUCCACACCUGAUCAAUAUGGUCAUCUUCAUCUCUGUCACGCAGUGCCUUUUUUUUCUCUUUCUUCUGCCAUGUUUUGCUGUGUUCCUAGGAUAAGUAGAAGGCCCUUUCUGUGCCUUCCACGUCCCAGACGAUUUGACGUUGGAAGAUGCACCACUGAAGAUAAAAUGUUGCUUUCCAGUAGAAAGCACUGAGGUACAGCAUUCUUUUGCUCACCAGUGUUUCAGCUUGUGGUAUGCUGACUUAGCAAGGAGGCUGCCAGCUGUGCCUUGUUCCUGAAGAUGGCACUUACUUAUAGUACAAAGGAAGAUGUGGUGGUGUUUUUUUUUUUUUAUGAAAAUGAAUUUGCAUUCCUAGCUGUAUGUAUUAACGUGUAUUUCUGUAACGUGUCGUUACUUGUAACAAACUUCAUCUUGAAGUGCAUGUAGUUUCCAUGGUCUAUCCAUGUGUAUGACAAUAGCCGUGCAGUGAGUGCAUGGCUGCAUGAAAAAUAUUCCGAACGUUGAUAUUAUCUCAAUUCAUAAUUUUAGAUUCUAGCACAAUUUUUUCACUUAGUAUUAAGGUUUUGUAUAGAAAAGCUACGUACAGUGUUUGGUCUCGUUAGGAAGCUGUUAAUUAUGCAAGCCUUCUGCAAUGAUCAAGAAUGUAUUGAUCUUUAAACUGAGCACUUUACUUCCCAAUAAACUUUUGUAUCAUCUGCCAAGCUAACAUAGUUUCCUGACUUAGUCACCAUGUUUAAGUAGCUGAAGGCACAUAUUUAACAGGGUUUUCCAGUGGGAAGUAGGCUAUUAAUUCAUGCCUCAUAAAAUCUCAUUCUCCCUCCGCCUGUUUGAGAGGAAGCAUUCGUGUUCUGCUUAAAGACCUUUGUGGGAGCUUGUAGGGGUGUGAAUUUCGGUUUCUAUUAGAAACGAUUGGACUACUGGAUUAAAAAACCUAGCAAUGUUAGGUCAGAGUGAUGAAUGAGAAAAUAUUUGAUGUGGCACUGAUGGUCAUAGUCAAUGAACGUGGUGGAGAGAGAGUGGGAGGUUGGACUUGGUGAUCUUAGAGACUUUUUUCAGCCUCAAGGAUUCUGUGAUCCUAUUAAAAAAAAAAAA